GGAGGAUUAGUGUGUAAUGGAUAGGGUAUAUGUAUUAUUGUCUAAAUGCAAAGUAUUAGUGUAUAGAUUGUAUGGACUGAUUUUAAUAUAGUAAAUAUUAAAUAUCAACUAUUUUAUUAUUUAUCAAUGGUUAUAGUUAUUAACUACUUUUGAUAGUGAAACUAGAGAGAGUAAGUGUGGUCAUAACCAUACCCUUAUUGUGUUCACCAGGUCCACAAUGCCUAAUUAAUGCUUAGGUUAGCAUGGUAUUGAACCCACUUCUCUAAAUUAGAUUAUCUAUUCAAUGUUGUCUUUAGUUUUAGAAUGGUGUGUGUUUUUUGCAGCUAGCUCAACUGUUUGACACCUCUGUUGGAAUAACAGGUGAUUCCUCCUAAGCUUAAGGUACAUUUUGCUUCUAUAUUCAAUCAUUUUAGCAUGUUCAAUACAAUGUUUAGGUUGAACCGUUCUAUAAAUGCUUUAGGGGAAGUUCAACUUUCCGAGUUAGAUGGACCUUUUGUGAAGAUUAGUCUCAAAGGUCGAUUUUGGCACAAACGUUCCACAGUUGUUGCUAGAGUUGGUAAUUAUUUGAAGCAGAGAAUUCCAGAAAUUUUGGAGGUUGAUAUAGAAGAUGAGAAACAAUUAGAUGACAGUCCUGAAAACUUUUGAGUUUCUCAACUGCAUAUUGGAGCAAUAUUCUUUAGUUCAAUGGAAGAAAUUCUGGACACAGAUUCAUUGUUUGUGCAACUUAUGACUGACAAUCUGUUACAUACCAUUACUGCUGGUUCAGUCAAAACUUCGGAAAUUUUGAAGUCUGCUUUCUCAUAUUAAAAAUUUAAUAAAGCAUGUGAAUGACA